UAUACAUAUAUUGAAUUGCUUGUAUACCCUGUUUUUUACCUUUUAUGUUGAUGAUGAAGAUGAUGGUAUUAUCCUUCAAUAGAUAUAUAAUUUUAUUAAUUCUUAUACAUUAUACUUAUACAAAACCACAUUUAGAAACAGUGAGUCGACGUGAUACAGAACAUUUUAUUGAUGAUCCAGAUCGUCAUGAUAUUGAAUUUGAUCAUAAUGCAUUUUUAGGUGAAGAGACUGCUAAAGAAUUUUCCCAACUUACACCAAAUGAAAGUGAAGAAAAAUUAAAAAUUAUUAUUAGAAAAAUUGAUAAAGAUAAUGAUGAAAAAAUUACAGAAUUUGAAUUAAAAUCUUGGAUUGAAUAUGUAGCUAGUAAAUCGAAACAAAAUAGUACAGAUCGUCAGUGGAAUGAUAUAAAUCCAACUAAUCAAUCUUCAAUUAAAUGGACAGAAUAUCUUAUAAAAACAUAUGGACCAGAAGAAGAACGAUUGAAAGAUACAGCUACAUCUGAAUCAUAUAAAAAAGCUGUACAACAUGAUCGACGACGAUGGGUUGCUGCUGAUUUAGAUGAAGAUGACAGUUUAAAUAAAACUGAGUUUACUGAUUUCGUACAUCCUGAAGACAGGCCAAAUAUGAGAGAUGCUGUUAUUGAUGAAUUAUUGGAAUAUGUGGAUAAGGAUAAUGAUGGAUAUGUAUCUGAAAAAGAAUAUUUAGUUGAUUUAGCUCGUGCUUAUCAAAGUACACCAUUUGAUGAAAAUGAACCUGAAGCAGAAUGGGUUGAACGUGAAAGAAGUCAAUUUCGUCGAUUCAGAGAUACAAAUCAAGAUGGUAGAAUGGAUAGAGCAGAAGUUGGUGAAUGGAUAAUGCCAUCAAAUUAUGAUCCAAUAGAUGCAGAAACAAAACAUUUAUUUUAUCAUGCUGAUACUAAUAAGGAUGGAUUAUUAACAGAAGCAGAAAUUAUCGCUAAACGAGAUACUUUUGUCAGUAGCCAGGCCACAAAUUACGGAAAUGCGCUAAAACAACAUGAAGAGCUUUAAUUAUAAUGAAAAAUACAUUAAAACGAAACAUUAAAUUGGAUGAAAGUGCUUUAUUUCAUUUGUAACUGGUUGUUUUUUUUUAUUCGCUUGAUCCUGUUGGUAGUAUGAAUAAAAUAAUAAUCUUGUUCAUCAUUC